CGUCCUCGAGGCGCGCGCACGAGCCGGAGUUUGCGCGCUGGCGGGCGGAGCGCUUUAAAAGCCCCGCGCGCCUCCGCUCGUCCAGCUGCUCUGCCGCCGCUGCUUCUUCUUCUCCUCCGGCGGGCGAGAGAGGCUCGCUCCUGCCGCCGCCGCCGCCUCUCCGUGCGAGACCCGGAGCUGUGGCCGGCUGGCGAGAACCGAACCAGACAGUUAUAGAGGUGCAAAUGACAGACUCAAUAAUUCCUCUGUAGAAUUGGAUCAGCAGCUCCUUGGACAGUUUGAGCUUACUGAGUCGGCGCAGAAAGAACAUAAUUGGAUAGAAGAGAAUAUUCGUAGCUCGGGGUUGAGCAGUGGAGUUCCUUGGUGCUCUGUGUCCCAAGAUGUCUUCCUUGGUUUGGUUCCAGGUGCUGCUAGUUUUGCCCUGUUUUGGUACCACCUCAAGGACUUGUUUCCCGAGAUGCCACUGCGAAGUGGAGACCUUUGGCCUCUUCGACAGCUUCAGCCUCACCAAAGUGGACUGCAGUGGGAUCGGAUCCCACCUGGUGCCUGUUCCCAUCCCCUUGGACACCACUUACUUGGAUUUAUCUUCCAACCAUCUGGAAGCCAUCAACCAGUCCAUGUUAACUGGGCCUGGUUACACCACUCUCGUAGGCCUUGACUUGAGCUACAAUAAAAUCUCCAAGGUAGUCCCUACCACCUUCUCGAGACUCAGGUAUCUUGAGUCUUUGGAUCUGAGCCAUAACUCUUUGGUGACCAUCCCCGAGGACUGUUUCUCUCAGUCCCCUCUGGGAGAAGCGGACCUCAGCAACAACCUUCUCUUGGAGGUCACCUUGAACGUCUUUGCCUUCAAAGGUCAAGGGAAACCCAUCAACGUUGACCUUUCCAACAACUUAAUAAGCCGGGUGUCCAGGUACUCGGAGAAACCCGUUCCUAACAUUCAAAGCUUAAAUCUCUCGGGGAACCGAUUAACCAGCAUCCCGGAUCUUCAAGGGAUCCCCCUUCGUUACUUAAACCUGGACGGAAACCCGGUGUCCACCGUUCAGAAGGACGCCUUCCUGGGCCUGAAAGGGUUAACCCACUUGUCCUUGAGCGGGAUUCAACAUCUCUUGGACAUUUCGCCUUUUGGCUUCAAGGACCUCUCCGCUCUCCAAGUGCUGGACUUAUCCAACAACCCCAACAUGAAAUCCUUGAACCCCAAGGUGUUCUACAGCCUCAGUUCUUUGCAGGAGCUCAACCUCUCGGGGACGGGAGUGGCCAACACUUUCUCCAAACCGAUGUUGAGAUACUUGCCUUCCAUCAAGAGCGUGGCCUUGGCCAAGGACAUCCGGUGUCUCAAGACCGUUCGGGAAGGCCACUACCACCGAGCAGCUGGGCCGAGCACAAAAGAGGUCCUACGAUGUCACAGCGGCCACGGAUCCGUGGCACCCUACGUGUUGUGACCAAGGACCGAACCUCCGCAAGAUUGGACUUCUGUUUUCUUUAAAAAAAAAAAAAAAAAUCAAACACAGCCACGAAUGUGCCUUCUGUACAAACAUUUAAUUUAUACCUUUUUCUUUGUAUAUCUCAACUCCGCAUUGCAAUAAGGGAUGGGACAGAA